ACAGCCGCUCCAAAAAGUUGAUGAGACCGGAAGUCCCGCCCCCACCACCAUAUUUGUUCUACGGCAGCCGAGAAAAAUCAACCUCACCUACUGAAAACUAAAAACACACAAAAAAAAAGUAACUGCUAUUUUUAGUCGAUUAUAUCUAGUUUCUAUUCGACUACACAAUAAUUCGUUGGGCGGCGAGGUUGUUUCUGCGUCGUUUCUCGAGAAGAAGUUAGACGGCUCAUCUCCAUGGCAACCACAACUCUUGUUAGCACUGUGCUUUUGUAAGCUAGCGCGGCGUGGCUAGCUUGUCGUCGUUUUCCUGUACAAUUCGCUCGUUUCGGUUCGUUCAAAUAUCUACAGCGGUUAUCCAAGUUGGAUACGCAGUCAUAAUGUAGAGGAAAGUUCGUGUGAAGCGUAAAAACAUUGCUGACGAACGGAUCAAAACAGCUAGCCUGGUGCUCAUUUUUGCCAGCUUGUGCGCGGUCAUGUCGGACUGGUGCAACACCGACACAGGAGAGGCGGUCUACAGGUCUCUGGAUGCUGUCAAAAACCUGCAGAUUAAGGUGCACUUGGAGAGGGUGACCACCACUGCGGCUCUCUCCCUGCGCCUCCAGCAGGAAGUUCUGACCCAGCAGGAUGGAGGAGCCAUUGAACUGAAACCCCUCACCUCUCAGGCCCAGACUGGUGAUAACGAGGAGGAAGUAGUUGUUGGCUGGCAGGAGAAACUUUUCAGUCAGUAUGAAAUGGAGUUGUUCCAAAACGAGGCAGCGUGUCAGACCCCUCUGGACCGCCAGUACCACAAGGAUGUCACGGCCCUGAACAGGGCUAAGGGUCGGCAAAACAACCGGAUCUUCACGUACACGGAUUACGAUCGCUACACCAACUGCCACCAGCUCCAGCAGAGCACUACUGAUUUACUGACCACGACCAAGUCCAGACCCACCUUCCUGGCUGAGAGGAUGGCCAGCAUGCGACACAGAAGGCAGGACAGGCGAACCAUGGACUUCAGCUUCCCCAAGUCCAAGAUUAUCAACUGGGAGCCCAGCGAGGAGUUUAAGAGGAGCAGCCACGAGGUGAACAGCGUCAUGCAGACCAUGCACAUCAUGGGAGACCUGGGAGCACCUGGAAGACUGGGCCAGAAAGAGAACGAAUGUCUGCUGUUCACCGUAAAAACCGACGGCAACGGAACGGUCGUGGUGAAACCCGACUUCAACAAGGGCAAAGAGCCCUACAGGGUGGUGACUGAAGGCGCCAAUAAAGAAGUUUGGCGUCUCACCGUGGAGAAUGUCUCAGCGACCAUGAAAAGCGAGGACAAGGAGAGAGAGAAGCACCUGUUCAAAGAUCUGCUGGUCAAGCACAAGGACUUCUCAAAUAGCCUCGUCGGACAGGACUUUGAGAUGCCUCCUGCAGGUAUCCUGCGGUACUUGAUGAACGGGGAGAUAGUGUCUGCCAAGGGCUUUGAAUACGACAACAUUUACGUCCACUACAUCAUGGAGCUGCCAAACAACUGGUCCAGCUUGCCAAUGCAGCCCCACUCAGGCGUCACCCACACCUCACGCACCAAAACAUCAGGGAAGGACAACGUGGCUUACUUCUGCUACCCAUUCACCUUUGAGGCGUUCUACAUGAGCGAGAAAGAGAGCGGGGAAUCACUCCCCCACUGGCCACUGUUGUACUUCAAGGUUCUGUCUCUGGACGCCUGGCAGCGCUGUCGAACCGAAGGCUACGGAUACCUGCUCUUCCCUGACACGCCUGGUCGACACACGCUCACGUGUCACACGUGGCGACCCCUCCAGACGGGCACGGCCUCGGCAAUGCGACGCUUCUUCAUCGGAGGUUCCCCGGAGCUGGAAGACCCGAGCUACGUGAGGACGCCAGGACAUUUCAAGGGGGAGCGGCUAAGUCGCUUUGGCUUUUGUACUGAAAGCUCUGGAAGUGUGACCUUUAAUCUUCACUGCAUCCAGCAAUCCAAGGCCUUUGUGGAUUCCAGCACGUUGAGAAGAAGGAAGCACUAUGUCGCCGACCACACCCACGGAUUUAGUCAUCACGACACUCUCAUGAGCACCAUGGAGGCGUUUCAACGGGCCAGAAGAAAAAUGCAAGAUGUCCGAGAAAGUCUUCCCAGAGACUUCAUCGCCUCCGCCUCCCAACUCCAAAUUUGAUGUCCUGCUUAGGAGCGAAAAUGGGUGUAACAAAAUCUUCUUUGCCGUGACGGGCCAAUGUAUGAUUGUUUGUGAUACAAACACGUAGGAGAAAGUCAUUUGUAGUAAUAUUUGCUGCACUGUAACAUUUUCACUCAUGACAUUUUGUAAUAUAAAGUCCAUAAAUCAUGUAAGUAGCGACUUGAUCAUGUUAAAAGUAAGCUAGUUAUUUUAUGGCAGGGGAUGUCCAAACUUUUUCACAUUGAAAAAUGAAAGCAUCCCAUUUGGAUAUAUUACAUUUUCAAAACCAAUACAAUAUAUAGAUUUUAUUAACCUUUAGGGCUCCUCUCAAGAUUGGUCGGACAGGUCUACGUCAUAAAAAUAUUAAAAAUAAGUCAUAUAUUAUUUAUUUAUUUUUUUAAAUUAUUCAAUGUUCAAAUUUCUAGAUCAAUUUCAGGUCUAUCUGUCGAUAUAAAGUCAUAAAAGGAAACCCUGUUUUUGAAGGCAAAAACAUGAAAUAUGCAACAUUUUCCCCCAAAAUAAUUUUGAAGUGAAAUAUUUUAUGUGGAGUCUAAAUAGGUCAAUAAUUCAUCAUUUCAUUUUAAGUCAUUGUUUUUUGAGGAAUUAGUUAAAAAAAAAAAAAACACACACACAAAAAUGCCCCACUCACAUGUGUUAAAAAUAUACUGUAUAUAUUUUUUACUUUAAACACCUAAGUCUCUUCUAUAUCAGGGGUGUCCAAAUUACGGCCCGCGAGACAUCACAUCUUUAGUUUUUGCCUCAAUUUAGUUCCAUGUGAAUCAAUUAGGAGUGAUCUUUUUAUUUUAUUUUAUUUCAUUUUUGUGAGUAAAUGUGUAUGAUUGUUAAAUAUGUAUAAUCUGUACUGUUAAACUGGUCAACGGUUGAUUAGAUGACUGAAAUAAACUUAUUUCAUUCAUUCAUCUUGCCACCUUUUGUGGGCGAAGUUAGAAAUGAUGGUCAAUGACCAUGUGUUUCAUUUGGAAGGGACUUGAGCACAGCAUCAAUGUAUAUGACCCAAUCCAAACAGCGUGUGGUAUAAAUGACCAAGAAAUAAAGUCAACACACGGUCGCACGUUACACACCUCCUCCUCAUUGAACUUAGU